AUGUCCCUCCUCGACGUCGGCGCCCAGUGCUACGCAUGCACGCUGAUCGAUUUCCUCCCCUUCCCGUGCCCGACCUGCUCGCACACCUUCUGCGCGAACCAUAUCCACGGGCACGGGUGUGAGUCUCCCGAUCCACCGGCAGGGCCGAGCGUCAAGCGCCGGCGCGGGGUGUGCGCGCGCCAAGCAUGCGAGAACGAGACCAUCGAGUCGAUUGGCGGCCUGGAGAAGGGAAUAGACGGCGAGGGUAUCGCUCGUGAGGUACGAUGCCCCGGUUGCGCGGAGGCCUUCUGUAUCAGCCAUCGGGCACAGGACGCGCACGCAUGUACUGCACCGCGGUUCUACGAUGCCCGACAUAAUGCUACGAUAGCACGGAGGGAGAAAGCCAAAGAGCUCCUCGCGAAACACUUCCCCCAGCAGGCGGCGAAGGAGCGGUUGAAUAUGCCAAAGCAGGUUGACAGAACGCGGAGCUCCAAGCCAGAGGCGUCUGCCCCAGAACCAAAUACAAGAGCAACGGCUACAGAAACACCAGCACAAGCUGCACCACCAGCAGAAGCACCCGCUGCGCCGGCUCCGCCUCGCCCCGCAGGCCCGGAGGACAAGCUGUUCAAAGCCCACCUCAUGACGAUCCGCUCGCUCGCCAAGCCCCUCGAACCGCGCUUCGCCUCCACCAGCAGAGACGAGAGCGUGACAGUCGAGUGGGUUGUGGACGAGUCUGGUAGCAGGGUACGGCAAUGGGUGGCCGCGCCGGCGGGUAAAUACAACCCCAAGGCUGCCGGCCUCGCGCUCGCCGGACCGCCAGCCAAGCCGGCCCGCGUCUGGGUCCCUCUGUCUACCCCCAUCGGCAAGCUGUUCGAUAGCCUCGUGGCACAGGGCAAGGUCGCCCGGCCGAAGGAAGGCGCCGACGCAAAGCAGGCUCUGUCGCUUCUGAGAUUGUCCACACAGCCAGGAGCUUCCAGAGAGCCUGUCGUGCUCGACCUGUCACAGACGGUACAGACCCAGAUAUCGUCCGGCGACGUCCUCGUCCUCGUUCGGGGUUGGACCGCGGCGUAG